AUGAAGCUGGGCACAGGCACCUCUGCAACUAGUCGCAAGAGCCAGGACGGAAAACCUAAGAGGAGACGGUCUAAAAUACCUACGCCAGAAACGGUGAUUUACGAAGAGAACCAGAGUGGCAUAGUUGGCGAAUCGCUGCCCAGCCUCGUCCACCAGCGCUCCGAGAGUGCCACAAGCGAACCCUCCACAAGGACAAACUAUGAGUGGGGCUGGUCGUCGGAUCAGCUAUCACAACCUCUAAUCAUACAACAUCAUUUGACCCCAGAGUCCAUCAGUGAUAUUGAAGCCCAGUGGCUCCAUGCCAUAUACGACGGGGCCUUUGAAACCAUAUUUGGAUCUUGGAUGGGCCGCCACAGCAACCCUUUCGCUUUUGGAGAACAGAGCCUAUCGGAUGUGGUCAGUAUACGCCGAGUUUGUAGCGAACUCGACAGACACAUCGACGAAGAGGAGGCUGUGGCAGGCAGACUAUCCGACUCUGGACCUUCGCCAGACCUUGUCAGACAUGAGAAAGAUGCACAGCUCAACCAGUUUCUUGAGCAUGCCAUCCAAUCCUUCGCCGCCCGAUGGCUACCUCUAACUCAGCAACCAAUUUUGCCGGCGCUCUCCCAGGCAGACAUCAUCUGUCGCCUAUGGCGGCGUGCACAUACCGACAUGCUCAAGGUCAUCAACAGGCCGUCCUACCGAUCUAUGCUGACGUUGCUUUUGUUUGCUCUGACACCCAUCCCAGUGGGCAUAUCCGACGAAGAAGAGCUUGAGGGAGUAUCGGGACAGGUUUGCGUCCACGCUGCGCUGCAGCAGAUCCAGACUCUUCGUGCACGGCAAAAGAGCCUCCAAUUCAACGGGACACGAGUCAACCUCACCAACUCGAACCACCCUAUCGGAGCUAGUCCCGCCUCACUUGCCACAGCCAAUUUUAUUAUUGCCGAAAGCACUGCGUACUGGGCUGCCCUGACGUUCGACACGUCCGCCUCUUUAACGCUAAAUUGCCGCCCUUUACUUUCCUCUGGGCUCUUCGGGUUCGAGUCUGAGCCAUCGUGGCGCAUGGUCCGGACCUGUAUCGGCAUCUUCCGCGAAACGACAAGAGACUGGAGCAAUCUUGACGUCGACCUAACAGACGAGAAAGCAAAUCAGGUUAUAGCGGCCGGAGCGGCAUGGAAAUUGUUGGUCUGGAAACUAACCGCGAAUCUGAAAGAAUCUCUGAGGGACGGCCAUGAUGAGGCAGAGGUUCUUAGGGCGUUCAAUUCCGUGUCCAACACGAUCGACCAGUUCAACAUAACCUACAGGGAGUUGCUCAUCGCCUGUCAGAGGCGGAUACAGUUCUUCAACCAAGAAACGAGACUUCGCUGGUAUGCACUCAUGCUGCACUAUAACCUGGGGAUUUUGAUGGUCACAGACAUUGCCACUGCGACUCUACGCGAGGAUCUCCUCUCCCUCUUCUCGGCGAAGAGAGUUGAUGCAGAAACCUGGGUCAUGAACUGCCUCGUCUUCGGCUUAAACAACAAAUACACCUUAAAGCUACAACCUGAGCCCGCCUUGUCCGAGCAAGAUAUCGCAUCUAAUCAGUCGGCAAGCUUGACGGUUCCAUUAAUUGCGAUUGAUCCGUAUCCACACCACGUUGUCGCGGCAGUAAAGCUGAUGCAACAAGCCAUAGACCGGGACUUUGGAGCUGACAAGAUUAGCACGGAUGCUUACAGUAACCUGCGCUCAACUCUGAAGCAGACCUUGGAACAACUGCCGCAGCACUGCCAUCAACCAUGUCUGGGACUCCCGAGAUGGGCUGAAGAGCGUGUGGAGAAGCCCACCGUCUACGAGAAGGAUGUGGUGUAUGAACACGCUAAAUCGAAGCACCAUGACCCGAACUGGACGGGCGAAGGGGUGGACACCUCGAAUGUGGACCCCAAGAAGGUCCUGCGCAAAAUGGAUCUGCGCCUAAUACCCAUGCUGGCGAUCCUGUACCUGCUCUCUUUCCUCGACCGAGGCAACAUCGGCAACGCGAAGAUCCAAGGCAUGGAAACAGACCUGGAUCUUUCCGGCACGGAAUACAGUCUUUGCGCGACUGUCUUUUUCUUCACAUACUGCGCUUUUGAGAUCCCAUCAAAUUUGCUUUUGAAGCGCCUCAGGCCUUCCGUAUGGCUACCAUCUAUCAUGGUAGCAUGGGGAACGGUCAUGACCUUGAUGGGUCUCGUCCAGAGCUACCACGGCCUUCUCAUCGCCCGUAUCUUCCUUGGUGUCGCCGAAGCAGGCCUUUACCCGGGCGUUGCAUACUAUUUGACAAUGUGGUACUGCACCGAAGAACUUGCAUUCCGCCAAGCUCUCUUCUUCAGCGCAGCUAGCGUGGCCGGUGCUUUUUCAGGCUUACUCGCUUAUGCUAUCACCAAAAUGGACGGAGUCGCCGGUGAAGCCGGCUGGCGAUGGAUCUUCAUCCUAGAGGGCAUUGUGACCGUGGUCGUUGCUUGUGCGGCCUUCUUUCUCUUGCACGACUUCCCAGACACUGCAAGCUUCUUGAGCCCCGAGGAGAAGGCUUGGGUGGUGCACCGAUUGAAAUACCAAGGGAGCAAGAAGAGUGGAAGGCUGGUCGCUGAAACACUCACUGAUUGGCAACUUCACCUCUCACUCUUCAUGUACUGGGGAAUAGUUUGUCCGCUGUACGCGAUAUCGUUCUUCCUCCCAACCAUCAUCAAGGCGCUCGGGUACAAGUCAACAACCGCACAGCUCCUGACCGUUCCGAUCUACAUCACAGCCGCCAUCCUGGCCAUUAUCGUCGGCUGGGCGUCCGACAGAGCCACGAAGCGAGGCCGCUCACGCUGGCCCUACAUUUUCUUCCCCAUGUGCGCCAUCCUGGUCGGCUUCAUCAUGGCCAUCGCGGGGUCCGCCGCGGGCGACAUCCCCGGCGUCGUGUAUGCCGGCGUCUUCAUCGCCACGUGCGGAAUCUACCCUGCGUUUCCGGGCAACGUCACCUGGAUCGCCAACAACCUUGCGGGCAGCUACAAACGCAGCGCCGGGAUGGCCCUGCAGAUCGGUCUCGGCAACCUGGGCGGAGCCAUGGCGAGCAAUUUCUACCGCAGCGUCGACGCGCCCAAGUACUUGCUGGGUCACGGCCUGGAGAUCAUGUUUGUCGUGCUUGGUCUGGCCGCGGUCAUUAUCUUGAGGAUCUCGUACGGCGUCACCAACAGGAAGAGAGAGCGCGGUGGAGCCGCGGAGGAGUUGACGGACGAACAGCUCGCGGAUCUGGGCGACAAGAGCCCCUCGUUCAGGUAUACGCUGUAG